UCUUUUUUUGCUUUUAUAUUUCUUUCUUUUACACUUACCCGUCUGGGUUUUCUUUUGAUCAGAGAAUUUGUCAAAAUCAGGGGACAUGGCUCCUUCAAUGCUAUUGCUGUCAUUCCUACAAUAAAUUGCAAGGAGACAAGGCUGGAUGAUCUACGCGUUUGAAUUUAGAACUUUGCUAUAAAGUUCUGAAUCAUGAAGUGUUUCUACAAUUUAAUUGAUAGAUACAGAAGUAGGGUACAGAAGUCGGGACCAGAGCUCAAAACUACAACAAGCCCCCCCUAUAGUUCGCCCUCGUCUAAGGGGAGCAAAUCCUAUGGUUCCUCUACCUUGCAACGAAGCAUACCUGAGUUGUAUGAAGAGAAGGCCCAUAACUUGCGGGUCUUUACAUUCUCAGAGCUCAGGAACGCAACAAAUGAUUUUAGUAGAUUGCAAAAGAUUGGGGAAGGUGGAUUUGGAUGUGUAUAUAAAGGUUUCGUUAAGCCUCCUGGUGGUAAGGGGGACCGGAUUGUUGUUGCCAUCAAGAUGCUCAACAAGGACGGCUUGCAGGGUCAUAAACAAUGGUUGGCAGAAGUUCUGUUUCUCGGAGUUGUCGAGCACCCAAAUCUUGUAAAACUGAUUGGAUACUGUGCAGUAGAUGGUGAAAGAGGCAUCCAACGACUACUUGUAUAUGAAUUUAUGCCAAACAAGACCUUAGAAGAUCAUCUUUUCAGCCGAGUUUUUCCGGUUCUUCCCUGGCAAGCAAGAUUAGAGAUAGUCCUUGGUGCAGCACAAGGGCUGGCAUAUCUGCAUGAGGGAUUGGAAGCCCAGGUAAUAUAUCGGGAUUUUAAAUCAUCAAAUGUGCUAUUGGAUGAGGAUUUUAAACCAAAGCUGUCAGAUUUCGGGCUUGCGAGGGAGGGGCCGGAAGCUGGACGCUCUCAUGUAUCCACAGCGGUGGUGGGGACAUAUGGAUAUGCAGCUCCAGAAUAUGUUGAGACUGGCCAUCUGACCGCUAAAAGUGAUGUUUACAGUUUUGGUGUGGUGCUAUAUGAGAUCCUCACGGGUAGGCGAUCAUUGGAUAGAAAUCGCCCAAGACCAGAACAGAAGCUUUUGCAGUGGGUGAAACAAUUUCCUCCUGAGAGUAAGAGAUUCAGCAUGAUAAUGGACCCUCGGCUUGAAAACCAAUAUUCUCUAAAUGCAGCAAGAAAAAUUGCCAAAUUGGCAGACAGUUGCUUGUCCAAGAAUGCAAAAGAACGUCCAUUGAUGAGUCAGGUUGUAGAAAGCUUGGAGCAAGCAAUCCAAGCUCCAGAAGAUGGAAACACUGCUCAAGAGAGUUCUGAUCCCUUUGAAACCCACCUGGUUGACUCUGAUGAGAACUCUGAUCCAGUUGGCGUCUCUAAAUCUGCGACUAGGCGGAUGACCCACCUGGCCAAACUGGGCGAGAAUUUCAAUGCAGUCGGUAGAAGAAGAUUUACAAUCAUGCAGAGGGCCAAAGUAUCAUAGAUUUUUGAUGAUGAUUGACCUUUUGAUUCUUUAGGUAACUUUAAAUAUGUGGAUAUUCCAGAUAUAAUGAAUUCAUUCUAUGUUUACUCAGGAAUGCAUCACAAAUCCAGCCAACUAGAGAUGUACAUGGGAGCAGAGGAGAGUGACAGCUUUUCUUGGCCUGACUAGGGAGGGUCCUUUUGGUUUAAAAUGUAAAGUGUGGGGCUUACCCAGGUUUGUAUUAUGUUACUCAAGAAUGAGAAUGACAGCUUCUCUUGGCCUGA